AUGCGCAUCACUUUUGCUCUUGCGCUGCUCGCUGCCCCCGCACUCGUGUCUGCGACCCUGGACCCAUGUAGCUCCAAUUCGAAGGGCAAGUGUCCCAGUGCCUACAGCUGCACUGCUAUUCAGGCGGCUGAGUGCUCGCACAACACUCGCACCUUCAAGACUCAGACCUUUGCUGUCUUCGUGACGGAUCACCAGUACGACGGUAACAACGGCUACCCGUACGGCACGUGCUCAGCGAACACGUGCGACUCGCCGACGGCGGACGAGAUGGAGGACAACGACGACUGCUGGACGUUCUUUUGGAGGUAA